GUAGGGUGGUUGAGUUCCCUCGUCGCCCUUACCUACUCAGUUACCACGACGUCACUCUAUUUAAGCCAUCAUCUGCUUAACAAAAUCAAAUCAACGACAAAAAACCCAAAUCGCAGACAGCGCGACUCAUUCACACUUUCACACAACUCGUGCUCAGUGCGAUGCUCAGUCCAAGUGAUAAUUAGUGGAGUUUUUUGGCGGGAAUCAUCACGAAGGAUUUAACGAUGGAGACGCAAAGUUUUCGUUCGCUUCAAAAGAAGCGUACAACGAAUUUCCGCGAGGACGAAACGAAAUUGUUAAUACAGUUGUGGGGAAGUCCCCAAAUACAAAACAAACUCUACUUGACCCACCGAAAAGAACCAGUAAUGCGUCUUUUGGCAGCCAACAUGCAACAACGUGGUUUUUACAGAACUCCCGAUGAGAUCAAAACAAGGAUAAGAAAUCUCAAGUGCCUCUAUCACAGGAUCAAGAGGACGGUCCAAUCAGGAUCGGGAAUUGGGACCGUCGAUCCAGAUUGGCCCCACUACAAGGCCAUGGACAGGAUUCUGAGCAAACAGAACCAGAAGAAGGAGAGUUUGUACAAGGAUAACGUUUUCGAAGGGCCCAGAUGCGAGGACAUCAAGCAGGAGAUUGACGAUAUCGACAUUAACGAUGAUAUGGAAUCGUACACCACCAACAGCAUGGGAGGAUCAGAAUAUGAGGAAGAACAAGUACAAUUGCCCCCACUCACCCCCGCUCCAAACAAAGACGGGGGGAAAAAACCCGACAAAUCACCACCAAACAGAAACCUCCCGAAAAUCCUCCCCAACCUCACCAUCCCCUUACAAAACCAGCAAAACAACCCCCAAAACAAACAAUCAAUCCCAUCCAUCCCAUUCCCGCUCUUGAUCCUCAACGGAGUCCAACCGAACACAAACCCGGAGAAGAAGGAUUGCAAAAGCCCCGGUGGACUUAAAAACGACUCUGACGUCAAUCAAGUCCUCAAGGAGCUCCUCGAGGUUCAGAAGGAGAAUCUGGACAUUGAGCGUCAACGUCUCGAAUUGGAGAAACAAAGACUCGAAUUUGAGCGUUUUGUUGGGUCCCAAUUACUGGCCAUGGGGCCAUUUCUCGGGAAUUUGUUCCACCGAUUUGCAUUCCCCAACGAGGAGGUGCAAGAAACCGAAAAGAAUAAUGGACGGAAAAGACAAAAUAGUUGUGAUAUUGACCUUUUGAAGGAUAGCAAAAUUUUGAAAACGCUCCUGAGUGAGGGGCUGAAGAAGUACAUCAUGAGUGAGGAUGAGAAUGAUGACAGUGGGAUUCACAAUGAUGACAACAGCAACACUAGCGCAAAUUGAUGCUAUUCCAGUUGAAGAAUUUUUAGUUUUGUGCCAUUCCAGUAACAUUCCGUUAGUUAUUUAUUUAAUUUAUUUGUAUAGAAUUACAAUUAAAUCAAGCUAUUGAGUAUUC